AUGAUCCGUAAGCCAGUUAUUGUAGUCCAUGGAGGGGCUUGGGCAAUACCUGAUGAUCUUGCAGAAAGCAGCAAAAUUGGUGUUAAAGAUGCAGCAAAGUGUGGAUAUUCUAUACUUACUGAUGGUGGAAGCUCAUUGCAAGCUGUAGAAUCUGCAGUGCGAAUGUUGGAAGACAACACAAUAUUUGAUGCAGGUCAUGGAGCCGUGCUAAAUGCGAAUGGUGAUGUGGAGCUUGAUGCAAUUAUAAUGGAUGGUAAAAAGCUUGCUGUAGGUGCAGUUUCUUGCAUCAAGAAUAUUGCUAAUCCUAUCAUGUUUGCACGCACAGUCAUGGAAAAGACUCCACACAAUAUGCUGACUGGUGCUGGGGCAAAUAAAUUUGCUGAAAGGAUGAAGAUUGAACAAAUCCCUACAGAUGAAUUAGUGACUGAAAAUGCUACUAAGGAAUGGGAACAAUACCAAAGAUAUACACAAAGUGUCACAAGCCUUUUUAAUACAGAAAAGAUGCAUGAUACGGUUGGAGCAGUAGCUAUUGAUUCAGAGGGCAACCUUUCCUGUGCCACAUCUACUGGCGGAAUAACAAAUAAAAUGGUUGGACGUGUUGGAGACUGUCCAAUUAUAGGCUCUGGUGCAUAUGCAGAUAAUUUUAGUGGCGCUGUAUCGACAACUGGGCAUGGAGAAUCCAUUAUGAAAGUUACACUUGCAAGACUUGUACUUUUUAAUAUGCAACAAGGUGAGACACCACAGAAUGCUGCAGACCAUGCUCUAGACUACAUGAAAAACAGAGUACAUGGCAGAGGUGGAUUAAUAGUUGUUAGCAAAACUGGUGAAUGGGCAGCAAGAUUUUCCACAAAAAGAAUGGCAUGGGCCAGCAUUGACAACAAUUUAUUAACCUAUGGGCUGAAUCCUGGUGAAGCUUUCCAAGAAACUUUAGAGCUAUAGAGAUAUUUUUUGUGAUGUUAUGGCAUACAUAAAAGUUGUAUAGAACUGAAAUAUCG